UUUUCCCCCCGACCUUUUUUUUCUCCACUGCCAAAGCCCUCCCUUGGGUUGCGGGCUCGAGAGGCAGCGUUACGCUUCUCACAUAGCAGCACUGCGCGCCGAAUGCUCCCUCCAUGAGUGUGCCGCCCACCCGUCGCAGCACGGCACGAGGCUGACCAUUGACGCCCGCACCACUGGCACUCCCGCCGCCGUAGUCCCCUAGGCAUGGCGCUCUUAGCGCGCACACCCCUGCUUCCCGCCUCCCCCUCCCCCCCCGCCUCUAGCGCUCUCAUUCCCGCUCUCCACCUCUCCCGGCCCUUCCCCCUCCGCCAACCCCGCCUAAGACUGCGCAUAUGCGUCGCCGCGUCGUCAUCGUCGUCGCCUGGCGACCAGAAGGUGGCAGAGCAGGAUGAGGCGAGUCUGCCGCCCAAGGAGAGCGAGGUGCUCAGCCUCAAGCGCGAGUCGGAGCAACCCCCCAAACAGCCUCCUCCCCGCGCCACCAGCGCUUCCGCCUCCCCCCUCCCCCGGGGCCGUGCUGGCGCGGGCAGGCGGGGGGAGCGCGCGUCAGUGGGGGAGGUGGUCCGGGGGGCAGUGCGCGCAGUGGAGGACGCGCCCGUUGAGACUGUCGGCACCGCCGCCGCCGCCUCAGGGCUGGCGGUGCUGGGCGUGGUGUUCGCGACGUCGCUGCUGGGGUCGCUGGACUCCGUGCCGCUGGCGCCCGAGUUCAUGCAGACCAUCGGCGUCGUCUACUGCGCCCUCGUCGCCAGGCAGUACUUCACGAAGCGCAAGAUCCCCGCAGCCCCAACGCCCAUCACGGCCAUCCAGACGCUCUUCCCCAACAUCGCCUCCGACGAAUCUGCCCCUGACAGCCCCGCCUCGCGCAUCCCCGAGGGCGUGGGCGAGGGCGUGCAGGGGCGGCUGCGCGCGCUGGAGGCGGAGAGGGACGUGGCGGUGGCGGCGGCGGGGGAGAUGCGGCGUGCGGGGCAGGAGAUGGCGCGCGUGGUGGCGGAGAAGGAGGCGCUGGAGGCCGUGGCGCUGCAGCUCGCGGACGAGCGGGACUCCGCCAUCGCUGAGGUGACGGCGCUGAAGACGGCGGUGAACGCGAUGACGGAGCGCAUGCGCGCCAUCGAGGCCAUGCUGGCGUCCGAGGUUCAGCGCCUGCAGGAGCAGAACCUGGCGCUCGAGACCGUGGCGCUGCAGCUGGCUGAUGAGCGGGACUCCGCCAUCAAGCAGGCGUCGGAGCUGCGGGCGGCGUUUGAGGCGCAGAGGGAGGAGGACAAGCGCGUGCUGGAGAUGCUGGCAGCGCAGCUCAUAGAGGAGAGGAACGCCGCCGUCAAGGAGGUGCACGAGCUCAAGCAGGUGGUGGCGGGGCUGGCGGAGGCCACGGGGGCGGGCAGCGGGCUGACGCAGGAGAUGGAGGCGUUCAUCCGCAGCCGCGUGCGCGCCGUGCGCUCCCAGUUCGUCGACAUCUCCAAGCCCUACUCGCAGCAGGAGGAGGCGGUGAAUGUGUUCGUGGCGCAUCUGGUGGAGGAGUUUGGCGCGCCCAGGGAGUGGACGCAGCGCUACAUCCGCCAGUUCCUCGACGCCUCCUCCGACGGCCACGCCAUUGCCCUCAACGGCCCCGUACCCCCCUCCGACCGCUUCAACUGAACUGGCUCGAUUGUGCAUGUGCUCAAGCAAACGCCACUGUGGUCUCCGUUCACUCCUUUUUCCAAUAAAGCUGUGCUGCCCGCGUUGGCUCUGCUUGCACUGAUGCUACUCCCCUUGCUCCUGCUCCUGCUCCUGCUCCUGCCCAUGCUCCUGCUGCCAUCGAAUGGCACACACGCGACCAAGCUAGGGGCAUGCACCCACCCUGGUUGAUGGCACACACACACACAUGCGAUGGAUGCAUACGCCACGCCAUGGCUUGCCUUUGAGGGCAAAUAUACGAGAGCACCGUUCAGUGGGAAGCAGUAAGCCCGCGGAGAUUUUCCACCAUAUUUGUAGAAUAGCGAAUGUCAGAUGUGUUGCGUAGUGUUGCCGUUAGCUACUACUAGAGGCAGGGUUAUUGCACACAUAAGGCAAGGGUUUGAGGUCCAUAACAACCACUGUACAUGUGCUGACUGCUGCACAUUUGUGCAACAGUAAGA